GACCACAAGUAAAAAAGCGCGCACUCGGUUAUGGUACGCAAACGCAAGUUGAAAUGUUUGGCGUCGCGUUGUUGACUAGCGCGCUUCUUGCGUUGGCCACUGCACGUAUUUACGAUCGCUGCGAACUCGCACGAGACUUGCAAACACUCGGUGUUGACAAGGAUCAUCUCGCUACAUGGGUGUGUAUCGCUUUCCAUGAAUCGCGUUUCGACACCGCCGCCCGCAAUCCGCACAGUGGUGAUCAUGGAUUAUUACAAAUAAGUGAAUUAUAUUGGUGUGGCCCUGGAAAAGCAUGCGGAGCACCCUGCUCUGCGUUCCGAGACGAUGACAUUUCAGACGAUGUAGAAUGUGCUCAACAAAUAUAUAAAGAACACACACGGUUACAAGGAGACGGUUUUCUGGCUUGGGUAGUUUACCCACACCAUUGCAGACACAAUACCAAAAAAUAUCUUGCUGAUUGUGAUAGCCAUUUAAAAGAUGUUUCUUACAAGCUUGACGUCGAUCGAGGGCGAGCGUUAAAGACACGUCAUCGAAUACAAGAAAAUAACAAUGAAUCCGUUCCCUACUACAAAAAAUUCCCCAACAUCGACGAUCUUAAACCGCCAUACAUUGCUAUUAAUACCCUUUUAAGAGGAAAGUUCGAGGAAUCAGAAAGAGAGAGAGAAGGAGAAAAUAUUAAAAAUGUUGUUAAUAAUAAUAAUUAUUAUGUUUAUAAUGAAAAUAAUAAACGUCCAUUCGAGUGGUUAAAUAAUAAAUUAUUUGUCACAGACACUGUGAAAAUUCCUUUAACAAGAAUUUACAACAUAGAUGAUCUCAAGCCGCCAGUAUUUGAUGGAGAAAAAAGGUUUGAAAUCAGUGAAGCCCCAGUUUCUCGUACAACGACAAUUCGUACCCCUACUACUACUAUCGAUCCUGCAUUAAAGGAUAUAAAGCCACCGAAUCCAAGAAGAAUAGAAUCAAAUCAAUUCCGAUGCCGAAAAAAGAUGUCCUCCAGCAAUAAUAACGAAAAUAACAGCGUUAGGAAUUUACAAGUGCCUUAUAAACAUGUUCAUCGAUUUCCAAAUAUUACAACAACUUCUAUACCAACAACCACGACGACUCAACGGCCUACAUACACAAUACAGGCAUAUUCACAAUCCUCGAUAAGUCAAAAUCGAACCGCUCCUGUAUCGAACAAGAAAGAAGACUCACCGAGACAAAUCAAUAAUUCAAAAAAUAUUCGCCAAGAAACUGUAUUCGUGCCUCUCUCAAGAACAGGAAUCCCCUCAAACAAAUCUACGAGUUACGCAACACGUCAAGAAUUUGAUAUCUCAACAACAACAAUGUCACCAGUUUCUUCGCCUGUAAGGAGUUUCACCUUGGUAAAUUCGGGUUCAUAUCCGACAGGUACAACAAAACCUGUAACAUUUCACCAUAUAAGUCAAAACGGCAAUUUUAAUAUUUGGCAAGUACCAAGUUCAACACCGGAAAAUCUUCAAUCUCGCUUGAAAACCACUACUCUGGAUUCAGGAUUUACAGCGACAACAAAGGCAAAAUUACCCGUCACAUUGUCACCUUUUACCACCCCACAGCCACACACGUGGCUAAAUCGUCAAUAUAAACAUCAACAAGAACAUGAACUGAGCACUGUAACACCUCGACCAACACGACCAUGGGUGACAUAUACUCCCAGAUCUAAAGGCGACUCCAGUAGUUCAAUUCAGAUAGAAUCGACCACAGCCAGAUCUACAGCAUCUUCCCCGACAACAAUUACAAAACCGAACAUACUUCCAAGUCAACAAGUUCGUACUACCGCAACAGAAAGAACGACGACUACCACUCAAUCAAUAUUUGACCUCUAUUUAAAGCCUACAAAACGGCCCAACAUUGUAUUCAAAUUUCCUGAAUUCAAAGACAGCCCAUUCAAACUACGAAUAUUUUCUGGAGGAACCACAACACCUUCGCCGUCGCAUUUUAACUCCGGGCUGGUCAGAUCCUCCAGUUUUGACGAUAAAAACUCAGGCCACAAGAUAAGUUGAUUGAUGAAUUUUUAAACCUCAUAAUUAUUUUACAAAAACACUGCCAUAUUUUAUAUGCUCACUUUGCAUAAUUUCCUAGAAUUAGACCAAAAAGCAUUUAUUAAUUAGUGUAAAAACAUGUUUAUUCAUAAUAAUAAAAUUUAAUGCGUUUAUCUUA